AUGGCAAGCAAGAGGAACUCAGUUUUCUACAAACAAGCUGAUCAGGCUGAGGAACUCCACAGUGGUUACCUCCACAAAUCUCCCCAGUUAGGUCAUCUGAAAACAUACGGGUCAUGGAAGCGACGUUUCUUCAUCCUCUUUCGGUUGAAUGAAGACUCCUACCAGCUCAAGUACUUUAAGAACAGAGAGACGCAGGACAAGUCAAUGGGAGGGAUAGACCUGUCUCAAGUCUCUCUGAUGUUUCUGUGCACUGAGAGUCAUCCCUUGUGGAGCUGGAUCCAUAAGAACUUUAGGUGCCCUGCGUCCUGCGUUCUCGUCUUAAAGGUGCCAAAGAGAGAUUAUUACCUCAUCGGAGAGAACAGUGAGGAGGUGGAUGAGUGGUUCACUGUCCUCUUCAAAGCUCAAAUGAAUCGGCCUCAAAAACUGCUCAGCCCAGAGAUUAGGAACAGGUUGUGUUGGUUUCUGGAGGACUCAUCUAAAUGGCAAAGCCUCACCCAUGGUGCAGAUGAAAGCCUGAUUCUGAAGGAACAGGAAGUCUUUGUGUGCCAGGAAGAUCUGGCAACCCAUUUGAUCUUGGCGGAGAAUGCGGGUCGGCCAUGUGUGUCAGACUGGACAAGGCAGGGUCAAACCACUUGUCUGUUCCACAAAGGGGAUCUGAUAUUAGCCAUUAAUGACCUACACACAGAGAGCGUGGAGGAGGUGCACAUGUAUCUAAGGAAACUACUUAAAAACCAGGUCAAACUGACCAUCCAGAGACUACCAGGCUCUCUACCCUUGCAUUCAGACCCUUGCUAA